CUAUUAGUCCUCGAUUCACGAUUUUUAAAUAUUAAUUAGCAUUAAAAUAAUUAAAAACUUCUCGGUAACGAUAAUUUGUUAAAAAUGCACAAUUCACUAGACUCUGAUAGCGAAGAUGAGCUCCCUCCAGGUUGGGAAGAGAAGUCUACAGAAGAUGGAAACGUUUAUUUCGUAAACACUUCUAAUAAUAAAACACAAUGGACCCAUCCACGGACAGGGCAUAAAAAAGUAAUUCCCAAAGAUUUGCCCUUUGGUUGGACAAAAACCAUGGAUGAAAAUGGGAAACCACUGUAUAUUCAACAAGAAACUGGGAAUAAAACUUAUGUAGACCCAAGAUUAGCUUUUGCAACCGAGGAAAAGAAGCAUGUACAUGAUUUUCGCCAAAGAUUUGAUGGAUCAACCACAGCUUUUCAAGUUUUACAUGGUGUAGAUUUAUCUGGCAAAUAUGCACUUAUAACAGGCUGCAAUGCUGGCAUUGGUUAUGAAACAGCCAAGUCCAUGGCGAGGCAUGGCUGCAACAUAUUAUUGGCCAAUCGCAACAUGGAAGCUACACAGGCAGCUAUUGAACAAAUUGUCAAAGAAACUAAUGCAUCUGAAGAGAAUUUGAAAGCAAUACAUUUAGACUUGAGCUCAUUGAAAAGUGUGAAACAAUGUGCUAUGGCUGUGAAGACUGUUUUUUCAGACCAUCUUGACAUAUUGAUACUGAAUGCUGGUGUAUUUGGUCUUCCCCAUGAGGAGACAGAGGACAAGCUAGAUCGGACCUUCCAAGUGAAUCAUCUCUCUCACAUGUAUCUUGCGUUACUGUUGGAACCCCUGCUGAAGAAGGGCUCUAGGGUUGUGUUUGUGUCAUCUGAGUCACACAGAACAGCAAGUCUAAAAAAUGUGUUUGUGAAGCAGAACCUGGCACAUCCAAGGGAUAACUACAGUGCCAUGAUAGCCUAUGGCAAUUCCAAGCUUUACAAUGUUAUUACAGCUAUGAUUUUAAGUGAAGAAUGGAAACAUAAGGGCAUCUGUGUUAACUCUCUACACCCUGGUAACAUGGUGUCCACAAAUCUACCUAAUAGUUGGUGGCUGUACAAAGUACUGUUCUUUAUGGUGCGCCCUUUUACGAAAUCGCUACAACAAGCAGCCGCAACUACAGUUUACGUGGCAACCGCAUCCGAAUUAGAAGGAGUAACAGGUCUAUACUUCAACAACUGUUUCUACUGCGAGCCAGCCAGCUUAGCCCGAGACAAGGAAAUAGCUCACGAGGUCUUCUCCAUAUCUCUCCGUAUGAUACAAGAGAGAAUGGGCGCAGAGUUGAUUCAACCUUACAUUGACAAAUACUGUGUUGUGAAAGGAACGAGUAAAUAACAUACAAUGUACACGCACGACGAUGACCUCUUGCGACAAAUCCUUAUUGAAGAAAAUAUUAUAUCAAAGAGUUAUGGAGCGUUAGAGAAUGUGUAUGUGCAUAAGAUUUAAAUAUGCCAUUAGAAUAUUGGCACAUUUGUUUUAGUAUAAGAGUGGUUACGCUCUCAUCCGAUCCGAACCCGUAAAAAUACGGAUAUAAAAAACUUGUACCGAAUUCGGAUAUUGCUUACGCACUAAUCCGAUCUCUA